GAGUGGUUGGGUUCUGAGAAGACCCAGUAGGUGGGGUGUGCUGCCGAUCGAGGCGACCACUGUGAGGGUCGGCGUGGCGCGGUCUCUGCGGCCCGAAUUCCAGGAUUAAGAGCAGAGUUUUGGCAAGCCUGUAAUCUGUCCAGCUCGCAUUCGUUGCUCUGUGCGAUCCCGUAAUUGGUAUAGGAAGAGUCAUCGCGGUCUGUGUUCCCAGUAGUUUUACAUAACAAACUUGUAAAUAAAUCAGCACUGUACAGGUCAAGAUACGGCCGGCCAAGAAAUGGCAGGGCUGGAACUUGGGGGAGGCUGUUCUUCGUCUGUCAUGGGUAUCCGAGGACUAAUGAGUUUUGUGGAAGAUCAUAAUAAUGAGUUCUUCAUUGAUUUGAAGUUGCGGGAUACAAAAAUUGUCAUAGAUGGCUAUGCCCUUUUCCACCGACUUUGCUUCAAUUCAAACUUGGAGCUCCGUUAUGGAGGAGACUAUGAUUCUUUUGCAGAAGUUGUACAAAAAUUCUUUGAGUCACUGUUUUCUUGUAAUAUAUGUCCAUAUGUUGUACUAGAUGGAGGGUGUGACAUUUCUGACAAAAAGCUUACAACUUUAAAGGAUCGAGCUAGAGAGAAGAUCCAGAUGGCCCAUUCCCUUUCUGUUGGAGGGGGCGGGUAUGUGUGUCCUUUACUCAUCCGGGAAGUGUUCAUACAGAUUUUGAUCAAACUGCAGGUAUGUUUUGUCCAGUGCUUUUCAGAAGCAGAUCAGGACAUUAUGACACUUGCCAACCAUUGGAAUUGCCCCGUCUUAUCGUCUGAUAGUGACUUUUGCAUUUUCGAUUUGAAAACUGGGUUUUGCCCAUUGAAUAGCUUUCAGUGGAGAAAUUUGAACACUAUUAAGGGCACAAAAAACUACUAUAUUCCUGCCAAAUGCUUCUCUCUUGAUGCCUUCUGCCAUCACUUCAGCAACAUGAACAAGGCUCUGCUACCUCUCUUUGCAGUGCUGUGUGGCAAUGAUCAUAUUAACCUGCCUAUUGUGGAGACAGUCUUAAGUAAAGUAUGCCUUCCUGUGAGAGGUACUAGUUCUAAGGGAAGGAGACAUCACCGAGUUCUGGGAAUUCUGAACUGGUUGUCUCAUUUUGCUGACCCCACGGAAGCACUAGAUAAUGUUCUGAAACAUCUGCCAAAAAAGGAACGAGAAAAUGUUAAGGAACUUCUGUGCUGCUCCAUGGAGGGAUACCAGCAAUCCCAGGUGAAGCUGCAGGACUUCUUCCAGGAUGGUGCUUUUAUCUGUCCAGAUGCCAUGAAGCUGGCUCUACCGGAAUGGGUGUUGGUGGCUUUGGCCAGAGGCCAGCUAUCUCCUUUUGUCAGCGAUGCGUUGGUGUUAAGACGGACCAUUCUUCACACUCAGGUAGAAAACAUGCAGCGGCCAAACGCGCACAGAAUCUCUCAACCUAUCCGGCAGAUUAUUUAUGGACUUCUUUCGAAUCCAGCAAACAUGUCCCCGAAUGCAUUGCCAUCUCAGCCUCUAGCUUUCAGCGAAGUGGAAAGGAUUAAUAAAGAUAUCAAAACGUCAGUUGUUGAUGCAACAGAACUGCCCAAGGAUUAUUCUGACUUGAGCAAACUGACCAAGCUGUCUACCACUCUUCCUGCUGACUGUCAGAUGCUAAGAAAUGUACUGGAAAGAAGAAAAAAAAUUUUUCUGGUUGCAGUCAAAUACUAGGAAUAUUAUUUUCUUAAAGUUUGAUGAUAAAGUUCCCCUGAAGGUAUUCUUUCAAUAGUCUGAAUGUGUAAAAGAGCAUGACUUAUGAAGUCCAUAAGGUUCUCAAAGUCCUGCGAUUCAGUAAAGUAAAAUUAUUUCGUAAAGAAACUCAGUCCUUUUGGGCUCUUUCCUUCUAUGCUUUUACUAGAAGAACACUCAAAAGCAUGAAUGCAAUGUUUGUGUGGUGAGUUACUGCAAGCACAGGGCAGGUACUCCUUAAAGUGUUCCCAUCUGCCUUGACUAUGCUUAUAACCGACUAAUAGCACCCUGUCCCAGUCCCUGUGGAGAAGAAAGCAAAGCCAUUAAAACAUUCAGCAGGAAAGAUCUACCCAGUGUGUAUGACAUCCAGCAGAGGGGCACCUAGAGGAAGUCUGUCUUCUAAGGGUGAUCUCCGAUGGCACUGCAGAGCAAGUGGGUGCCUAAAUACUAGCAAGCACAAGUAGAAUAUUUGAGUACAAUACUUGGGUUCCCCUCAGAUAACUAAAUCAAGACUUGGGGACAGGACCUUCAGACUCAAUUCCUGACCAGCUCCCAAGUGAUAAGUAUAUUUAAUAUACUCGCCAGCCAACACAGAGAGGAUGCAAGCACAGAACACAGGCUAUUCAGUGGGAGCAAACCAUGCCCACUUUCGACCAAGCAUAUUUAUUUUGCACCAUGGCAAGGCUCUAAGUAUCAUAUUAAUGUUCUAAACACAGGGUGAGGCUGAUUUUUUUUCCAGAGAAAGGUAAGUUGCACAGCUAAUGUCUUCAUUCUACCAAAAAAAAAAAAAAAGAAAAAGAAAAA